GUGUAAAGAUGUAUCGUUUAAGCAUACAUAUUUUAUAAAUUUCUCAUGUUGAUUAACUACUUGUAAAUAAACUGUCUUUCAAACAAUACCUAGAAUAUCUACUUUUUUUUUCCAAGUCUAUCAUUAGUAGGGCUGAAUCAAACAUUUUGCUAAUUACCUCUUACAUGAAGUCACAAGUCAUAAAGCUAGGUAUCAAUUGCCCACGAUACCAAUUACACAAUUUCAAUUUCUAUAUCAACUUCUCGCCGUAAUGUCAGACGAAAAACCCUCCAUCUCCGCCCUUGCAAAGAUCGCAGAAAGCGAAUCCCAGAACUUACAAGCUCAUGCCGAUAAAGUUGUAUCUCUGGAGUUUUUUGCUGAUGAUGCUUCUCACCAUAAAUUAUUCAAGGACUUAAAAUUCCCCAACCUUGAAAAUCUCUGGCUAGAUGCCUCAGAUUACAAUGACGAUGCAUCUUUGAAACCGUAUCUUCAACCUAAGCUGAAGCGCUUUAUUUUCUACGGAGGACCCAUCUCAGAUUCCUUUCUAGACAAGCUACAGGCUUCUUGCCCUCUCCUAGAAGAACUACUCAUCGACAACCCGCGGGACCUCAUUUCCCCUAAGGGUUUCCUUCAGUUCCUUAAUGGCGCUAAAACUCUGAAGCGAAUAUCAGUUAUGUACGGUAUGAGCCGAGCCGUAACCGACUCCGUCAUUAUUGCUCUCGCUACGAAGCCCGGCCUUGAAAUUUUAGAGUUCCAGGAACUCAUCACUGCGGACCUCGCCUCGAGAAUCGUCACAGAACAAUCCCGGAACGACGUCGAGGAAAAGCUCCUUCCACAAUUUCGUGAAUUCAUCUGUGUUGCGGAGCCUGGCGGACUUACAAGCCUACUGCCGUAUCUAUCUAAGCUUACUCGCCUAGAAGCGAAUAUUGUAUAUGAAGGCUUUCCUCUGACCACGGUACAGGACCGCGUAGUCCACAACAUUGGCUCGCAAUGUAUUAACCUACAGACUUUGAAGUUGGAAUACAGAGCUAUAGAGGGUCAACAUAUUCAUAUCCCCUCAGAGGCUCUUGUCAAGCUAGCACAGGGGCUUAUCAAGUUAGAGGAGCUCGGCAUUUCUGGCAAUAAAGUCGAAGCUCCAGAAUUCGGAGAUUCUCAAUUUGCCAGUAUAAUACAAGUCCAGCCGCGCCUCAAGGUCCUACAUCUGAAAUUCACAUGCUACCUCACGGAAUCUUCAUUAGCAGAGGCUGCCAAGAACGGCGGGAUGCGGCUAGAGGAACUCGAACUCAACGGGACCUAUAAUCUCCUAAACCUAGCAGGUAGUGAUGUUUCGUUUCCCCAGUUGUUGUCGCUCGAGCUCGGGCAGCUAGCACCAUUACCUGUCACAGAUGAUGCGAUAGCCAGAGAGGCAGCUAACGUUGCUCGACUUCUAAAGAAGAUUGCGCCUAGAUUGGAGUAUUUUGACGUGAUGUCUGGGAACACCGUUAGUGAUAUGGUAUCUUACGAGCUGGAUGAAAUAUAACCGAAUUACUAUACUUAGUAGUAUGUGCUUUAUUCGUACGCGAGAUGUCGAAGUUCAAGCCACGGCCUCUAUAUAUCAUAUUAGAACCAAUCAAGAAAAAAAAAUACAUAUAUGGCGUUAGCAAAGAGUAUCGCACGCAAUAGCCUGACACGUGUACCUAUGUAGGAUAGGAGGAGAGA